CUAGAUGUUAUUCACCGGCUUGUAAAGAAAUUUCCCAUCAAAAGAUCUCCAAUGAGACUUCGACUUACUGUUGGUGAGAAGAAUUUUUCCACUAUAUUGGAGAAGCUAGGCACUUGGAAUGGUGAGAUUGUGACUAUGGAUGAAUCUGGAACUCAAUUUUCAGUUGAUGACCAGAAGAUGGCAGCAAGGUUGGCUAACACAAUGUGCAAUUCACUUAAAGGAAGACCUGCCCUGGGUCGUAUUUUCCAAGGAAAGGAGCCACCUCAAUUUGUUGCUAUAUUUCAGCCUAUGGUUGUGCUAAAGGUACUUGCAGGGAUCGAGUCGAUUGGAAUUAGAAAGUCAACACGGCCUUAAUUAAGGUUUGUAAUGCAUGAUCUAAAGGGAGCUAAGUGGCCGGAUUAGAGAAAUUUGUUAGACUAGCUCUCUAGCCUUUUGUCUUUAUUUGUUAAUAUUAGUGUUAAUUUGUUAGACUAGCUAGCUAGGUGUUUAAAAAUUGUAAACGUACGUACUAUACGCUUUUCUCUAUUGGGUUAAUAUAAAUGAAGUUAAUUUCAUGAUUUAUUAAUAAAAAUAAGCAGAUUCAUACAUUUGCUAUUCUGGUGUUGAUUGGU